CACAAACUCACUUCAACUACUCCGUAAGUUCCGAAGAGUGUUCAAUUCGUCAUCCUGCUCUCCUCCCUCCUCGUCUCCUCUGCCACCUGUCCUGCGACCUUUGCUCGGUCUAUGCGGGUUUCGAUCUUAAUCGGUCGGAAUGCACGUCAGGUCACCUCGACUCCAGAGGUUUCGACCUAGACUCGGGUGAACGAGGACGAUGAGCAGCAUCAGAGGCCAGAGGAGAAGGAGGCCGAGGAUGACAGACUCGUGGCAAUACCGAUCAUGAGCGCUUACCCAUGCAUUCCCAUCUCAUGCUCGCCUCCGCAUCCGCAUUCCUCGUACCCGGGCUGCCCUUUGGCAACGUUCGACGUCGACGUCUAUAACAACAUGACCGACUACACCUCGAUCUUCGACUCUUUGUUACUUCCACCUCGACCUCAACCUUCAUCUUCUGCUCAUCACCCAUAGCUUACCACCCCCAAAAAACUCAUCGAAAAUCAAAAUGGCUGUCAAGGUCGGAAUUAACGGAUUCGGUCGAAUCGGACGUAUCGUCCUCCGAAACGCCAUCGAGCACGGUGACAUCGAUGUCGUCGCCAUCAACGACCCCUUCAUCGACUCGGACUACUUGGUCUACAUGUUCAAGUACGACUCCACCCACGGUCGAUUCAAGGGUGACGUCUCUUUCGAGGACGGCAAGCUCGUCAUCAACGGUCAGAAGAUCAACGUUUACGCCGAGCGUGACCCCGCUUCCAUCCCCUGGGGUACCGCCGGUGCCGACUACGUCGUCGAGUCCACCGGUGUCUUCACCACCACCGACAAGGCUUCCGCCCACUUGAAGGGAGGUGCCAAGAAGGUCAUCAUCUCGGCCCCCUCUGCCGACGCCCCCAUGUUCGUCUGCGGAGUCAACCUCGAGGCUUACAAGUCCGAGUACAACGUCAUCUCGAACGCUUCGUGCACCACCAACUGUUUGGCUCCCUUGACCAAGGUCAUCAACGACAAGUUUGGAGUUGUCGAGGGUUUGAUGACCACCGUUCACGCUACCACCGCCACCCAGAAGACCGUCGACGGACCUUCCAACAAGGACUGGCGAGGUGGACGAGGAGCCGGUGCCAACAUCAUCCCCUCCUCUACCGGUGCCGCCAAGGCCGUCGGCAAGGUCAUCCCCUCGCUCAACGGAAAGUUGACCGGUAUGUCCUUCCGAGUCCCCACCCCGGACGUCUCCGUCGUCGACUUGGUCGUCAGGCUCGAGAAGGGUGCCUCGUACGACGAGAUCAAGGCCGCCAUCAAGGAGGCUGCCAACGGUCCCCUCAAGGGAAUCCUCGAGUACACCGAGGACGAGGUCGUCUCCACCGACUUCAUCGGAUCCACCGCCUCGUCCGUCUUUGACGCCAAGGCCGGUAUCGCCCUCAACGACAAGUUCGUCAAGCUCAUCGCUUGGUACGACAACGAGAUGGGAUACUCUCGACGAGUCUGCGACUUGAUCGCCUACGUCGCCGGUGUCGACGCCAAGUCCGCCUAAGUCUUCGGUCUUGAAAACUGAACGGCCUCUUGGAGGACGGGGCCGGAUCGUCCUGUGAUCCGGUCGGACGUGGGAUGUGAUUGUUCAAAGUCUUGUUUCCCGUAUUACGUAUGCAAAUCGAUCUAUAGAAGUUUUGACGUCGAGAUUGUGCUCCCAUCUGCACGUACAUCGCAGUGGUUGCUUCUCUUACUUGUCAGAUUGUUGCCUCGUCUUUUGUGUUUCGAGUUUGACGUGAUGACGCGGGCAGCGCGACUUUGAGGGAUCGGAUAUGGUCGAGGGCGACAGGCUUGCUGCGUCUUUGUAGAACUGCUUGAGAACAGAUCGAAAACCUUGCCCCUAUCCAUCCUCAGCAU